AUGGCGCGGUCCCCAUGGCUGCUUGCCUGCAGGAGCGGCCUGAGGGCCGCGACGCGCCCCGCGCCAUUGGCCGGGCCCCGCAUUGCUUUCCAAGAUUCGUCGCUUCGGCCCUUGCAGAGACUGCUAUCCGGGGAGGCCGCCGCGGUGCCUUCUCUGGGGGCGGAGGUGGCGGGGUCGGCGACGGGGCCCAGCCCGCUGGCCGGCCUGCCUCUGAGCUUCGGCUUCAGCGCGGGGGGUCUGCUGUUCCCGUACCUGGUGGGCGCGGCGUACGCACUGAACGAGGCGGGCCUCCUUACAGAGGACACCAAGGUGGCAGGUGCAUCUGCAGGCUCCCUCAUCGCAGGAUGCUUCCACAGUGGUGUUACCAAGGAGGGUUUGAUGGAGGGCUGCCAAAGGGUGACGGUGGACUGCAGGGAGAAUGGAACCAGGGGCCGCCUGAAGGCUGUCCUCGCAGACGUCUUGGAUGAUAUCCUUCCCGACGACUGCCACACAAGAUGUUCAGGCAGAGCCUACAUCGCUGUAACCGAGGUCUACCCAAGAUACCGAGGGACUCUGCUUUCAGAAUUUCACUCACGGGCCGACCUCAUGAACAGCAUGUUGACGUCCUGUCACAUCCCCUGGUGGUUUGACAGCACUUUCUUCUCCAGUUUCCGGAAGGGGAUGUUCGCGGAUGGGGGUGCCACCAACCUCAUACCCACAGCCCCCCAGACUCGGCCUGUUCGGAUUUGCUGCUUUCCAGUGAAGGGCUGGGGGGACGGGCUCAAUGUGGACAUAGCCCCAGACACCUUCAGGGAAUGCAAGUACUCCAUGGGGCAAAUGGUGUCCUGGGCAUUUCAACCACCAGAGGCAGAUGAAAUCAUGUGGGAUCUGGCAGAAAUGGGGAAAGAGGAUGCCUUGUCAUUUGCAGCUGCUCGGCCUUUAGUCGUUGCCUCAGACUCUGGAGUGGAAGCAACCCUGACAGUGGUGUCACGGCUAAGAACGAUGUUUGCUUCGAAGACAUGA